GUGACCUUGGCGGGGCGGCCAUGGCGCUGCUGGCGCGGCUCCCCGCCGCGGGGCUCUGCCGCCUGGGAGGCCGGGCGCUGUCGCGGCUGGGGCCGGCGGGUGCGCGGGGCCCGGGGCUGCGCGCGCGGCUGCUGGUCACCGCCCUGUUCGGCGCGGGGCUGUGGGGUGCCUGGCGGGCCGCGCGCGCCGAGAAGGAGCAGCGGCGGCGGCAGCAGCGGGCCGAGGCCCUGCGCCAGGCGGCCAUAGGCCAGGGGGACUUCGACCUGCUGGACCACCACGGCCGCCCGCGGUGCAAGGCCGACUUCCGGGGCCAGUGGGUGCUGAUGUACUUUGGCUUCACCCACUGCCCCGACAUCUGCCCGGACGAGCUGGAGAAGCUGGUGCAGGUCGUGCGGCAGCUGGAGGCCGAGCCGGGGCUGCCCCCGGUGCAGCCCCUCUUCAUCACCGUGGACCCUGAGCGGGACGACGUCGCCGCCAUGGCCCGCUAUGUGCAGGACUUCCACCCACGGCUCCUGGGGCUGACCGGCUCUGCCGAGCAGGUGGCCCAGGUCAGCCGCAGCUACCGCGUGUACUACAGCGCGGGCCCGAAGGACGAGGACCAGGACUACAUCGUGGAUCACUCCAUUGCCAUCUACCUGCUCAGCCCGGACGGCCUCUUCACGGACUACUACAGCCGCUCCCGCUCAGCCCAGCAGAUUGUGGACAGCGUGCGGGACCACAUGGCCACCUUCCGUAGCGUCCUGAGCGAGCCCGGUCAUUAAAGUGGAUGAGGCAGUA